UAGCGUCCGCCGCGAAUGGUCCAGAGACGGAGACCGCCUUAUCCAAGUCCAAACCGAGGGGCACGUUCGGUAUUUUCUAACGCUAUCAGAUGUUCCUCCCCCGGCCGCUUCCGCUGCCAUCGAAACCCCGUCCUCCGGAGCGAGCGAGGAUGGCAGCAACGGCCUUCGUCGUGUGCCCCAAUCCCAAUCCCAAACUGGAACUCUUCUCUCGUGCAGGAAAACCCUGGAUUUCCCAUUAUACCCCUGCCCUUUCCUUCGACACCCGGUUCUCCCCCUCCCGCCUCCGGGUCGCCGAGAAGAGCCUCCGCUUCCGGCGGUGCUCGGUGGUGCAGGAUAUUGCGGCGGUGGAGGAGGAGCAAAAGGGGGACGAGAAGGAGGGCCGCCGGCAGGAGAACCGGCAGAAGCUCUACGUGGUGAACUUACCCUGGAACUUCUUAGCUGCCGAUAUCAAGAAGCUCUUCGGUCAGUGCGGCACCGUCGAAAGCGUGGAGAUCAUUAAGCAGAAGAAUGGGAAGAGCAGAGGCUUUGCCUUCGUCACUAUGGCUUCGGAGGAGGAGGCACUCGCCGCCAUCGAUAAACUUGAUUCUUAUGAAUUGAUGGGAAGGAUAAUUAGGGUUGAAUUUGCAAAGAGCUUCAGGAAGCCACCUUCACCUCCUCCUCCACCUGGUGCCACUGCUGUAGAUAUGCAGCAGAAAAUCUAUGUAUCGAAUCUUUCAUGGAAAGCGAGGUCUGUCAAUCUCAAAGAAUUCUUCUCUGCAAAGUUCAAACCGCUAUCUGCCAGGGUGGUUUUUGAAAACCCAUCAGGAAGAUCUGCUGGAUAUGGCUUUGUUGCUUUUGCCACAAAGGAGGAAGCAGAUGCUGCUAUUUCUGAACUAGAUGGGAAGGAAUUAAUGGGUAGACCUGUUCGUUUGAAACUACGUCAGAAAAAAGGUGAUGAAUCUGGAAGUGAGCCAGAAGAGUUGGACAAUACUGAAGGGCAAUCCAACAACUCUUAGGGGAAAUGCAGAACUGCCACUUUUAUUCGCUCAUUUCUGCCAACAGAAACAAUUGCAAACAUUAAUGGACUUGUCAUGUACGGCAUUUGUAUUGACACAAAUUAAAAAUCAUGUUAGAAAAUUUUCCCUGAAUCUUAGCUAUUCUAUCCAUCAUGUAUGUGAAAUCUCUUUCAUCAAGUUUUCUCCUCACAUCUUAUCUAUAUCAUAUAUAUUU